AGUUGAUCGCAAGUCUUCAACUUUGGCGGAUCAGCCUCGAUUCCCCGUUCACCGGGAAACACUUUCUACUCGUUCUGGCGCGUGUUUUAAAUUACCCCAACCAGAUUCAGAUUCAGAUACGGUUUGCAUCUGAGGUCGCUGCUUGAUGCUAGAAGCUAGAUGCAGUUCCAGAUCAAUUGGUAUCCGCACUGAUCAAGCAUACGCCGUGUGAACCGAUCUCCAGCUCGCCGAUCGUGCUGCUCUGUAUAAAUUUUCCACAGCGAGUUCGGUCACUUUGCAAAGAUUGUGGGCAGAGAGCUAAUACUAUAGCUAUAUAGAGUCGGUCUCUGGGGCAGAGCAAAGUUUUCUUCACGAUUAAAGUGAACGUGCGCCCUCGAAAGUCGUCAGAUCGAUUUGGGCCUCUGUUGCGGAAGGUUCUUCAAGAGAUUUUCCAACCAGCUCUGCUUUCAGUAACUUCGCGGACCGCCGGCGAUGAUUCAACUACUGCUGCUGCUGCCGCUACUUCUUGGCCAGAUGUGCGCCGCUUUGACCACGGUGGACCAGCCGGUCACCGUGUGCCCGCCCAGCGUGGGCUGCCUGAAGGGCACCUAUCGCCGGGGCUAUCAGUCCGAGAGAUUCGAGGCCUUCAUGGGCAUACCCUAUGCCCUUCCCCCCGUGGGAGAUCUGAGAUUCAGUAACCCCAAGGUCAUGCCCAAGCUGCUGGGGCUGUACAAUGCCAGUGAGCCCAAGACGGACUGCAUCCAGAAGAACUAUCUGCUGCCCACUCCUGUCAUCUACGGCGAGGAGGAUUGCCUGUACUUGAAUGUCUACAGACCAGAGGUCAGAGACUCACCUUUACCCGUUAUGGUCUACAUCCAUGGCGGCGGAUUCUUUGGUGGCUCUGCAGGACCGGGAGUUACAGGACCCGAAUACUUUAUGGACUCGGGUGAGGUGAUUCUGGUGACCAUGGCCUAUCGACUAGGGCCUUUCGGAUUCCUUUCCACCCAGGAUGCUGUGAUGCCAGGCAACUUUGGCCUCAAGGAUCAGAACCUGGCCCUGCGUUGGGUGCAGCGCAACAUUCGCUCCUUUGGCGGGGAUCCCCAGCAAGUGACCAUUUUUGGCCAGAGUGCCGGUGGAGUGGCUGCCCACAUGCACCUGCUGAGUCCUCGAUCCCAAGGACUCUUCCACCGGGUGAUCAGCAUGAGCGGCACGGCCAAUGUGCCCUUCGCCAUUGCGGAUGAGCCCCUGGAACAGACUCGUCUCCUGGCGGAGUUUUCCCAAAUUCCAGAUGCCCGAAAUUUGAGUACAGUGAAGUUGGCAAAAGCACUGCGACGUUUGGAAGCCACAAAACUCUUGGAUGCUGGCGAUAAUCUAAAAUUUUGGGAUGUGGAUCACAUGACCAAUUUCCGACCCGUGGUUGAAAAGGGUUUGGAGGCCGAGGCCUUUCUCAGCGAACAUCCCAAGGAUAUCAUGGCUCGGGGUGAAAGGGCACCCAUUCCCCUGCUUUUGGGCACAGUUCCUGGCGAGGGUGCCGUUCGGGUGGUUAAUAUUCUGGGCAAUGCGACGCUCCGCCAGAGCUUCAACUCCCGAUUCGACGAACUGCUACAGGAGCUGAUGGAGUUCCCGCCCAACUUCAGCCAGGAUCGACUCAACAAGAGCAUGAAGCUCCUCGUGAGGGAGUACUUCCAGGAUCGGCAUGAAGUCAACGAGGAGACUGUUCAAGGAUUCAUGGAUCUAAUUUCAGAUAGGGGCUUUAAGCAACCCCUGUACAACACAAUUCGAAAGGAUGUCUGUCAUACCCCCAAUCCUAUUUACUUAUAUAGCUUCAACUAUCGUGGACCUCUGAGCUAUGCCUCUGCCUACACUUCCGCCAAUGUUACUGGAAAAUAUGGGGUGGUUCACUGUGAUGAUCUGCUCUACUUAUUCCGUAGUCCCCUACUUUUCCCAGACUUUGAAAAGAACUCUACGGAGGCCAAGGUAAUCCACUCAUUUGUGGAUUAUUUCAUACAAUUUGCCAAGUUUGGAAAUCCAAGGAAUGCCGAGUCACUGACCCCUUGUUCCAUAGAGGCGCUCCAGUCACGUCCCAAAGGUAUAUGCGAUUACCAGGAAUUCGCCAAUGCGGCAGGUCCCUCCAAGGGUUUUGAGGUUUACGUGGCUAGCAAAUUCCAAACGGACAGGGUGAAGCUCUGGUCCCAUAUACUCAAUGAAAAGUCGACUGAAUCUUAACCAUAAGUCACUGAUAAUACAAUGUAUAUAAAAUGUUUGCUACUAAAAAUGAUUAGAGUAUAAGAAUAAAUUAUGCUGUUGUAAGAAAAUAUAUAGUAAAACCAAAUAUAUGAGUUUAGUUGGCUUGGAGAUU